AUGUCCAAAUCUCUCAAAGUAAUCUGCAGAAUUCGGCCUCCGUUACAUGAAGAAAAUCCAAUUAAUGUCGAAUCAAUAACCCUGACAUACAGAAAUCAAAAUUUUACAUUUGAUACACUAUACUCUGACAUUUCCUCUCAAGCAGAAAUCUAUGACAAUGAAGUAGAGAAUUUCACAAAAGAUUUAUUCAAAGGGAAAAAUUCCUGCGUAAUUUUAUUUGGAACUUCUGAGUAAUUACUAUUCAGCUCUGGAAAAAGCUAUACAUUGAGAGGAAGUGAAGGAAAAAAUCGCGGAGUUUUAGUCCGGUGCACAGAAAGAAUUCUUUCUAUGAUAGAAAGAGAAAGAAGCCAUGGGCGAGAUCUAGAAGUGCGAGCAAGUGUUACACAGUUUUACAAUGACGUUAUAAGUGAUCUGAUGGUCUAUAAUAGCAGAGGCUUAAGUGUUGUAUAUGAAAUCAUCAGCUUUAUCCACUGAUUAUGAAACUAGAGUACUAGUUUCUACAAAAUAAUAAUUCCUUAAAUAUGCUAGAUAUUAAAAAAAACAGUCUUUAAUCAAGCCAAGGGCAAUAAAUGGCAGCAUACCAAGAAUUGAAAAUUUAACAGAGCAUCCUAUAAGAAGAGCCAAUGAUUUAUUUUCACAUCUUCACCACGCUUUACAAGUAAGGAAAGUUUUAUUGAAACCUGACCCAAAAUUAAAAACAAAGUCUCAUUUUGCUGUAUUUUUAACACUUUAUGAAGUUCAAGCCAACAAAGAAAUAGGAAGUAUCGCCUUUGUUGAUUUAGCUGCAUCAGAAAAUGCUUCAAACGAUCAAAAGGUUUUUAAGGAAAACUGCUUAUCUCAGGACGAGAAAAAAAAUAUUGCAAAGACUUUUAACGCUCUCUCAAAAGUAUUGACCAGUGAUGAAAAUAUAUGAAGAGAAAAUUCAUUAAUUUUAAGCUUAAAAAAGUAUAUUGAAAGCCAAACACUUUUAUGCUGCAAUAUAACUACAAACCCUUCUUUAGCAAAACAUACUAUGGCAGCUUUAAAAUAUGUGUCAAGAAUAAAAGGAAUCCCAUCUAGAGAAUCAGAAAUUCCAUUAAUUGAUGAAAUCAAAAGGAUCAAGCAAGAAAUAAAGGAUUUUCGUGUUGAUUCUCAAGAGCCUUCACUUGAUUGGCUUAGCGAUAAAGAAAUCAUUAUCAACCAAAUUCAGCAGCAGCUAAGUUCAGUUUCUAAAGAUAUGGCUUCAACUUACUUUGGAGAAUGCGAAUCUAUAAAAAAUGAAUUAGCAAGCUUACGAAAUAAACUAAGUGAUAGAUCGCCCGGACUACCGAGUAGAAUUCAUACGAAUGAAUCUUCACUUCAUAUGAGAGAAAGCCCACCGAUAAGGCCCCAAUCUUCUCACGAAGCUACAAGAGAGUGUUUUACUGAUAGAAAUUUUCCUAAUGAGCUUAGAGAAGAAAACGACAUUUUACGAAGCAAAUUGCAAAAUAGCCAAGCCCAGCUGAAUUUGCACUUAAAAAAGAUUGAUGAAAUGAGCAUUCAAAUAAAAGAAAGAGACAUAAAAAUUGCGAACGACAGCUUAAAAAUUACGGAGCUUCAAAGAGUUCUCAGAGACCAAGAAAAUUUAAUUAGUGAUCAAGCAGAACGAUUAAUAGAAGGGCAAGUAAAAUCCGCUGAGCUCUAUGCAAAAGUGCAGGAGUACGCAUUAAGAUUGCAACAAACAGGAAGUGCAAAACCACCUACAAAUCCCCAUUCAAAAAGCCCUACCCCAGAUAUAGCAGACUCAAGGAUAAAAGAGCUAGAAAAGCAGCUUCUAAAGGAAAGAGAAAUUCAUAAUUCACAAGUUUCUCAGCUCCAUGCUUUAUUGUAAAUAUUACAUAGAGAAAAAGAAAAGCAAGCAAAUGAAGCUUAUAGAUAUUCUCCUGUUCCGGGUGAAAGUCCAAGCCUGACUAAUUCAGAAUGAAAAAAACAGUUGAAGGAAAAAAAGAAAAAUAUAUCAGAGUUGGAAAAACAAGUGCAGAACUUGCAAGGCGCGCUUAAUGAAGCAAGCUUUAAAGCAGGAGUUGAAGCAAAAGAUAGGAAAAAAUAUGAGGAAGAAAAUAUUGCUAUGAGAAAUAGAGUUAGCGAGCUACUAGGAAAUAAUAAUGGACUUGAAGGGAAAUAUGAAAUUUUACGUAUAAGAAGCGAAGAAUUGGAAACAAACUGGCUUGCAGCCAGGCAAGAAGCAGAAACCAGGAAAAUGAAAAAUAAAAGCCUCAGAAACAAAUUAAAAGAAAUGCAAAAGCUGAUGGACAUGGAAAAAGAUGAAAUUUUACUACUUAAAAAAGAAGCUGAAGAGUUAAGAUUUAGCUUAUCAGAUUUAAACGAAGAAAAUGAGAAAUUAAAUCAAGAUAAUCAAAUUAAUGAAGAGGAAAAAAGAGCAAUUCAGCAAGAAGUUGAGCAUUUAAAUAAAGUGCUAGAAGAAACAUCUCAAAAGCUGUCUAAACAGGAAAACGCAUUAGGAAAUAUGGGCUCAAAGCAGGAUUUAGAAUUUUUAGAAGGAGAAAUAAAGAAGAAAAGUAAAAAAAUUAAGCAAUUGAAACAGGUUAACCAAGAACUUAUGGAAAAAAUAAAUGACAGUGACAACAAGCUGAAUAGUGAAAAAAAUGGGCUAAUGCAAGAAAGGGAUAACAUUUUGGCGGAAUUAGAAGCAUAUAGAAAUGGUCAAGUGCAUGAACUAUCUAUUGUCGAAAACCAAGUAAAUAUGAUUGAGCAAGAACUUAUAAAACUUAAAGAGCAAAAUAAAGUUCUAUUGCUAACCCUCCCUCUGUGAGAGAACAAAAACAUUGGAAAAAUCCCUAUUUUUUGCCAAAAAAUUAAACCUCCAUGAGCGAACAAAAAUUUUUUUAUGAAAAGUUAAUUAUUAUGAUGAAAUCUCUAGCUAAUUCUGUUUAAUUUUAAACAACUUGCAUUUUAAAACCUAAAUUUUACAAAUAAACUAAAUAUUUGCCUUCUAAUUUUUGCGAACGAUUUUUAAAUUUCAAAAAAAUUAACCCCUCCGUGAGCGGACAAAAAAAAUUUGUUUGCUCACGGGGAAGUAAGAGAACAAGAAAUAAUGAAAGAACUGAGAUCUUCAGAAGCUGCCAAAAUGAAAUACAAAGAUAAAUGCUGUGAGCUAAAAGAGCAACUUAACGAUCUUGAAUCAUAUGUAGCAGAAACAGAAACACAUUUGAAAAAUUUAAUUGAACAGCAGAAAAAAGAUUUAAUAGGGCUUAAAACAAAUGAAGAUAAAAAUCAAGCAGUGACCUCGAGACUCAGAGCUUUAGAAGAUAUCCAAAAUCUCAUUAAAGCGCAUAAAAACCAAUAA